UCAUCCUAGUAAAAAAAAUCAAUAUUGUUUGCACGUUCAAUCAUAACUUUUUUUUACAAAACACAUUGUACUUCUCAAACGUCAAUUGUUUUUUAAACAAAGAAAAUAAAACCUAACUUGAAAUUUACUGUCACAUCAUACUAAAAUAUAAAUGUCAAUGUUUUUUAUUGUUAAAAUCAUAGAUUGAAUAAAUUAAAUAUGACAGAAGUAGGAACACAAAUAGACAGUGAUAAAAGAUUAUUACAAUUUGAAACUUAUGAAGACUAUUUGGAUUCUUUAAUAACAUUUGUUGAUCUUGGAUAUUUAGGAAAUCUUAAUAUUGCACACAGAUUAGCUGAACUUGGUUAUCGUUGUACGGGUGAAACACUAGAUGAAGAUACAUUUUAUUGUCGUUUGAAAGCUGUAAAAAAUUUAUUCUUUCCAAUUUAUAGACCAUAUGAAUUAACGUCAGAACAUGUGACACCAAGUGAUAAUUUAAUGCAAGAAUUAGCACUCAGAGAACGUCUAAAUAGAUUGAAAAUCAUAUCCACUAUUAUCUUCAUAAGAAAUUUAACUAAACUGCAGUUUGAAAUUUCUGGUUACAUAGAUUUUAAUGAAAGACUUGAAAAAGAAAAUUGGCUUCCCUAUUUCCAAGGAAGAAAAAAAGUAUGGCCUUGUGUAUCUGACCUCGCAUAUUAUCACUGGAGAACAGGAAAGACACGUUUAAAUGAAACAUCAAAUUUUCAACCAGUUAUAGACCCAAUACUGGGUCUUCGAUUCAAACACUGUCACGAUCGGCAUUUCAUUAAUGUUGAUCCUGGAUUACCCUCUCCAGGCAUAUAUACAACACGAGUAAGAAUACGCAGUGAAGAAUAUGAACAUGUAAUAUUAUAUGAUCAUGUCCUUCGAAGCAGAUGUUAAACAUAAUGAAAAUAUUUAGACUUACUUC